GCUGCUCCUGCCGCCGCUGCUGGGGCCGCGGGUGGUCGCCGGAGCCGUGCGGAGCGCCGCUCCCCCAGGAAUAUCGGAGCCGUCCUUUAUUGCGAAAAGUGAAGAUAAUUUAUUUAAAGACUUAUUUCAAGACUACCAAAGAUGGGUUCGUCCUGUGGAGCAUCUGAAUGACAAAAUAAAAAUAAAGUUUGGCCUUGCAAUCUCCCAAUUAGUGGAUGUGGAUGAAAAGAAUCAGUUAAUGACAACAAAUGUCUGGUUGAAACAGGAAUGGAUAGAUGUAAAAUUAAGAUGGAACCCUGAUGACUAUGCUGGAAUAAAAGCUAUUCGUGUCCCUUCAGACUCUAUUUGGAUUCCAGACAUUGUAUUGUAUGAUAAUGCUGAUGGCCGAUUUGAAGGGGCUAGUACAAAAACGGUUGUGAGGUACGAUGGCACCGUGGCUUGGACUCCACCAGCGAACUAUAAAAGUUCCUGCACCAUCGAUGUCACAUUUUUUCCAUUUGAUCUCCAAAACUGCUCCAUGAAAUUUGGCUCUUGGACUUAUGAUGGAUCACAGGUUGAUAUCAUUUUGGAAGACUAUGAGGUAGACAAGAGAGAUUUCUUUGAUAAUGGAGAAUGGGAAAUAGUAAGUGCAACUGGAAGCAAGUGGAACCGAACUGAUGGAGGUUGCUGGUAUCCGUACGUUACGUAUUCGUUUGUAAUUAAACGUUUACCUCUCUUUUAUACACUCUUUCUCAUCAUACCCUGCAUCGGACUCUCCUUUCUAACUGUUCUCGUCUUCUAUCUCCCUUCAAAUGAAGGUGAAAAGAUUUCUCUCUGCACUUCAGUGCUUGUAUCUCUGACUGUCUUCCUUCUGGUUAUUGAAGAGAUAAUACCGUCGUCUUCUAAAGUGAUACCGCUAAUUGGGGAGUACUUAGUGUUCACCAUGAUUUUUGUGACACUGUCAAUUAUGGUAACCGUCUUUGCUAUCAAUAUCCACCAUCGCUCCUCCUCAACACAUAAUGCUAUGGCACCUUGGGUCCGCAAGAUAUUUCUUCAUAAGCUUCCGAAACUACUUUGCAUGAGAAGUCACGUAGAUCGGUACUUCACUCAGAAAGAAGAAACCGAGGAUGCCAGUGGGUCGAAAUCCUCUAGGAAUACCUUGGAAGCAGCUCUUGAUUCCAUUCGAUAUAUUACCAGGCAUGUCAUGAAGGAGAAUGACGUCCGUGAGGUUGUUGAAGAUUGGAAAUUCAUAGCCCAGGUGCUUGAUCGGAUGUUUUUAUGGAUUUUUCUUCUGGUUUCAAUAAUCGGAUCACUUGGUCUUUUUAUUCCUGUUAUUUAUAAAUGGGCAAACAUAAUAGUGCCACUUCAUAUUGGGAAUGCAAAUAAGUGAUGGUUUCCGGAAGACCCAAUCUUUCAUGGACUUGGUUGUCAGAAGGAAUCUUCCGUAAUGCAAAACUGUGAAAAUAUAGGUAUAGUAAAUCAUGCUAAACUUUUAAGCCUGAUAUUUUCUUGUCUGCUUUAGAUACUAGCCUAGUAAUUAAAAUCGACAUCUUUCUUAAUAGUCCUAUAGAAGGUUAUCUCUUUGCAUGAAUAGGGUACCAAACAGUAUUAUUUGAAUAAUUAAGAUUUGAGAUGCUAAGUAUUUAGCAAAUUGUAAUUUGAACCAGUAAUUUACUAAGUAUUCAUCACUUGCAUCCUAAUUGUCCAUUUAUAAUCGUAAACCUAUUAGGUUUUUAAAAAAGACCGUCCUUUAAAAUGAGCCAACAAAUGCCACUUUUUCUUUAAAGAAAUGGAUUUUUCAACCUUGUAUUAAACCAUCUUGAUGCAUUUGGUAACUGGAUGCGCAUUAAAACAGUUGGGUUGCUUUUA